CAUUAAUUCCCAUGAAAUAAGCAACUCUAUUAGCACUAAUUCUCAUGAAAUAAGCAGCUCUAAUAGCACUAAUUCUCAUGAAAUAAGCAACUCUAAUAGCACUAAUUCUCAUGAAAUAAGCAGCUCUAAUAGCACUAACUCUCAUGAAAUAAGCAACUCUAAUAGCACUAAUUCUCAUGAAAUAAGCAACUCUAAUAGCACUAAUUCCCAUGAAAUAAGCAAGUCUAAUAGCACUAAUUCCCAUGAAAUAAGCAACUCUAAUAGCACUAAUUCUCAUGAAAUAAGCAGCUCUAAUAUCACUAAUUCCCAUGAAAUAAGGAACUCUAAUAGCACUAAUUCUCAUGAAAUAAGCAACUCUAUUAGCACUAAUUCCCAUGAAAUAAGCAACUCUAUUAGCACUAAUUCUCAUGAAUUAAACAAGUAA